AUGUUUCAUAAUACUAGGUUCAAGUCCGGCUCUGCUUUCAGAGAGGUAAUGUUGAAGCCCAACGAACUCGUACCCGAGAUUGACAAUGUUCCCGAUAAUACUCAAGACUCACUGAGUACGGAAGAUAAUAAGAAUCAUGAUCUUGAUCAAGAAAAACUUCGUUCCCGUCCACCAAAUCGCUGUGCCCGUCGCAGCCACUUUGGUUGGUUACGUAGGAUCUUCUCUACUUCUAAGCCAACGUCUUCGCCUGCUCCUAUUCCAGAUCCAAAAAAAAUGAACUCUAGUGGGGAAAGAAUGUUCAGCACAUGGCACUACAGGGAGGCUUUGGAGUUAUAUGAUCGAGCAAUAGAGCUCUCACCGAAGAAUGUAACUUAUCUCAGCAAUCGAGCAGCUACAUUGUCGAGAUUGGGGCGUAUGGGGGAAGCUCUGAACCAGUGGGAAGAGGCCAUAAAUCUGGAUCCACAAUCUGCAAAGGCUCGUCACGGUUUAGGCAUGUCUCUUCUUAGGUUAGGUCACAUCGAUGAAGCAAUGAAGCUUGUGGAGGAAGCAUCGUAUAAUAAAUACGACUUGGAGAGGGUUAAACGAGUAAACAAAAACUUGAACAAUUGUAUUUUUGCAAGAAGAUGCGGUGAAUGGAAUAAUGUUUUGAGGGAAAUAAGUGCUCCUUUGAUUCCAGGAAGCUUAUUACCUUAUGCGUGGCCUGAGCUAGCUAUGUGUAGAGUUGAAGCACUAGUAAAACUCAGCCGGGUUGGUGAAGCUCACCAGACAGCACUAAACGCAGCUGCCCUCAAAGUUGAGCCACUCCCCGCCUCUUUCUCACAGCCACAGACUCGAAUUUUCGGUAUGCUAUGUAGAGCCUACGCAUAUUUUGUCAAAUCACAAAUAAAUUUUGCUCUAGUAAGAUACAAAGAUGCAGCUGAAAAUGCAGCCAAAGCUUUAGAAAUCGAGCCACAUAAUACUGAAAUUAAAAUUUUCAAGAAAAAUGUUGAAUUGGUUCAAAGGGCUCUGUCUUCUAGCAAGCUAAAAAAAUGGGCUGAAGCAGUGAGAGAUUAUGAGAUCUUACAUCAGGCAAUGCCAUACGAUAAAGUCAUUGCUAAAUCUUUGUCUCAAGCUCAAGUUGCACUGAAGCAAUUUCGCAGCGAAGUAGUUCUAAACAUGGAAUCUGGAGGUGACGUUAAGGAGAUUUCUAGUCUUGAAGAGUUAAAAGCUGCAUUGGCUCGUCCUGAUAAGUUUGUCAAGAUUAUCUAUCUUUAG